UUCUCCAUCGAUUUCAAAUACCGUGGAGUACGAGAACAAUUAAUCGUAGAUAUGGAAAGUUUUGAAAUUCCAAAAACCAUAAAUCCUGACAUUGCCAUUGAGCGAAAAAAUGCCAGCUUCAAUUCGGAGGAAAUGGCAAUUUGGCUCUAUGGUUCCAAGGAGAAAUUGGAAAGGAAAAGGAUAAUCGAAAAAGAAGCAUGUGAACUUGUGGGAGAUCCAUUGGAUGCGGAGUUUGCAUCCUAUUAAGAUAUGGCAUCAAUGUCAGUGAAACAUGCCAUUGCUGCGGCUAAGAAAUUGAGAUCGCUGCAAGAACGUUUUAACCCGGGAGGUUCUGAUAUUUAUCCAGCUCUGAUGGGUGAUGAAGCCAUUACCGCUCUAAUACCCAGUGGCAACCCUCUGAGUGUCCACAUCCUUAUGUUUACCAGGGCCCUCAGGGAACAAGGCACCGAUGAGCAGUAUGAGAAAUUUGGUCGAAGAGCGGAUAACAACGAGAUUAUUGGAACCUUUGCACAAACCGAAUUGGGUCAUGGCACCUAUUUGAGGGGUUUGGAGGCAAGGGCUGAUUAUGAUCGCGGAACCGAGGAAUUUGUUUUGAAUACACCAAAAUUGUCAUCGUACAAGUGGUGGCCUGGAGGAUUGGGUCAAACUUGUAAUUAUUGCAUUUUUGUGGCCCAGCUCUACAUCGAUAACGAAGCCAAGGGCAUGGCCAUGUUUGUGGUCCAGAUAAGAGAUGAAGAGACACACAUGCCUCUGCCGGGUGUGCAUGUAGGAGAGAUUGGUAAGAAAAUGGGUUUGAACGGAGUGAACAAUGGAUUCCUGGGCUUAAAGGAUUACCGUGUGCCCCGCCUGAAUAUGCUGAUGAGACAUCAACAGGUCUUGCCGGAUGGUAGGUUUGUUAAGAGCCCUGUAUCACAGGUCUCAUAUUUCCCUAUGGUAUUUGUGCGAUGUAUGGUUGCAAGGCAAAAUUCUAAUUACUUAGCUCAGGCAGCCACCAUUGCUACAAGGUAUUCGGUUAUACGACGUCAGAGUCCCAUAGAGGAGGGGCAACCCGAGCCGAAAAUCCUCGAACAUUUGACCCAACAAAUGAAAGUUAUACCUGAAAUAGUUACAGCCGUGGUCUAUCGCCUGGCAGCCGCAAAUUUACAAAAUAUGUACAAUGAAACAGCAGAGGCUGUAUAUCGCAAGGAUUUCUCUCGCCUUCCCGAGCUGCAUGCCUUGGCUUGCAUUCUCAAGGUUGCCACCUCGUAUGAUUCGACUUAUGGCAUAGAACGUCUACGUCAAGCAUGCGGUGGUCAUGGUUAUUUAACAGCUGGGAAUUUGGGUAAUAUUUUCGCCAUGGCAGCCCCCGCCUGUACCUAUGAGGGAGAGAAUUCUGUGUUAUAUUUGCAAGUGGGAAAAAUUCUCAUGAAAAAUUGGUCCCAAGUUUUGGCCGGAAGAGAACUCAUGCCUAGCAUGGCCUAUAUUUCGGAAUGUUCAAAGAUGACCAGUUUUCCCCAAUGGACUGGGUCGUGGGAGUGUUUGCUCAAGGCCAUACAAUAUGCCUGUGUGGGAUCCAUACGUCUGGCUUUCCAGAGCUACAAUGCCCGCGUGCAGUCUGCCCAGAGCCAAACUGCUGCUGUCAACUACUCCGGUUUGGAACUUACCAAAGCUGCUGAACUACAUGGUCGUUCCUAUGUGGCUGGUAAUUUUUAUCAGCAGAUUGUAAACAGCCCCAAUAAACAUCAGCGUUCUCCCCAAUUCCAAAAGGUUUUGGAAAAUAUGUUGGAGUUACAUUUGAUCCAGAUAUUCUUCCGACAUUUGGGUGAUAUUUUGAGGUUCAUUCGAAUUACGGAAGAUGAAAUAUCUGCGUUGCAACGACGUCUGGAAGAAGUUUUGAAGGAAUUACGACCCGAUGCUGUGGCCAUAACGGAUGCCUUUGAUUUCAAUGAUAAAAUUUUAAGUUCCGCCUUGGGUUGCUAUGAUGGCAACGUGUAUGAACGCUUGUUUGAGGCGGCCCUAAAACAUCCUUUGAACAGAAAAUCAGUACCGGAUUUCUUUGAAGCCCAUUUGAAGCCAUUCAUGAAGGAAAAUGCUGAUAAUGCUAAGAAAUCGAAAUUGUAG